AUCAAGUGGUCAAAAUUGAUGCUGCAGAGGCUAAGGUAUUUUCACUCAAUGUUCAGUGGCGCUCCAAACAAAAUGCUGGGCGUCAUAUUUCCCACAAUGCAACUUAUUGACACUAUUCGGUUGACUAAUGCCGUGGUUUGCAGCUUCAGGUAUUUUCUUCUACCUCAGAAUACCCCCUCCCCAGAGACACCAUACAAUUCACCUAAAGCAUACAGAUAUUGAUUGAUCAAGUGUAAUUAGAAACGCAUGGUUUGAACGAAAACACCUUUUGUUAAAGCUUACAUUAAUUCAGUUAAUUGACAAAAAUGAAUCGCCACACUGAAUCGGCGACCCUCUGGGGCCCCAUGGGGACGCUUAGGGGUCUGUUGACCCAGCCCUGUAUAUUCAAUUAAAUUAUCACGAAGCAGCGGUUACACAGGGGGCCCGAAGAUGGCUUUUAGGUAGGUCAUAAGGAUAUUUGUAUGCCAGUCAUAUUAAAGGAUCUACUUUAAAAAGAAGCCCGGUGAUCGUCGUGUGUUUGCCGCUCACGGACUGUACACGCUGUCGCUGUACGCACAUGGGGGCAGUAUUUGGUCGUUAAUUGGCUCCUUCACGUAAAGCUGCCUGCUGCUGAUUGGUCGCCGGUGAAACAUCUGUAUCCACACUUUCAGCUGGAUCGUGUCUCCGGCCAGAAACUAUAGCGGCUCCCGACUUGUGAUUGCACUGACUGGGGUCUUGUCUUCAUCGCGCUCCAGGUCGCUACGCUGCGACCAGAACCGCGAACUAACGAGGCGCAGCUUCUAAAGCGCACAUCUGCAUGGUCAAGCUGACAGAUGUUUGUCCCACAUUAUGUCAUAUUAUCUAAAUCCUGUAGAAAAAAAGUUAUGGGGCCCCCGAAUGAGAACAGAGCGAAGACUGCUUCAUGAUUGUGUCUCAGGACAGCGCAGGUCUUGUCGAUGAAGGCACAUCGGAGGCAUUUUUUUCCUGGAGUUCUUUAUUCCAAAUAGCCCCGAGGACGUGCGUGAAGCCCAUCCCACUCCUCUCCUAAAUUCUCUGCGUCGCUGAGCCGCUCUGCGCUGGAUCCGCCGGCUGCCUUACAUCCAGCCAGCGUCUGGGAGCCCCGGGUUUGCGGAUGCCUCCCUUGUAGGCAUCGCUGCAGACACAAAGGAACUCGAUUUACUUUUCUUUUUUUUCUAUUUUAAGGUGACCGCCUUCAUCUGCGCUGCGUGCGCCGCCGGCCAGCCCGCGAGGCUGCAGGAAAACCUCUCCUAUCGCGGUUAUUCUUGCGCCGAGCACACGCUCACGCGGACUAUCGAUAAGUUUCUGAUCAGAUCGGUGGUCGUCUGGUCAGCGGCCGUGGAGACUGCGCCUGCCAGGUCUCUAAAUGGACCGCUGAACUGUUAAACCAUGAACGCUGUGAUUUCUCUCUCGUGAUACAAAGAUAGCCUAUCUGGAGCCCCGGCAGCUGUCUGCCUGCCUGUCGCUUUUAUGCAGAGCCUUUGCAGGGUCAAGAUGCAGUUUCGGACUGUGCUGGACGUGAAAGUCGUGGACGUGGAGAAGAGGCGAAAUCCGUCUAAACACUACGUUUAUCUCAUCAAUGUCACCUAUUCUGACAACACCUCCCACAUCAUCUACAGAAGAUACAGCAAGUUCUUUGACCUACAGAUGCAGAUUCUUGACAAGUUCCCAAUCGAGGGAGGGCAGAAAGACCCAAAGAAGAGGAUCAUUCCAUUUCUCCCAGGCAAAAUCCUGUUCCGGAGGAGUCAUGUGCGAGACGUGGCCAUGAAGCGGCUGCGUUUCAUCGAUGACUACUGCAGGGCCCUGGUGCGGCUCCCCCCUCAGAUUUCUCAGAGCGAGGAGGUGCUACGCUUCUUUGAGACGAAAACAGAGGACAUCAAUCCCCCAGUGGAGGACUAUGGCUCCAAGCGCAAGUCGGUAUGGAUGUACGGCUUUACAGACAGCCCGAGGAAAGAGGCCUCAGGGAUUGACAGCUCGGAGCCCAUGGUGCUGGAGCAGUACGUGGCCGUAGCCAACUACGAGAGGCAGGAGAACUCGGAGAUCAGCCUCAAGGCCGGGGAGACGGUGGACGUGAUUGAGAAGAGCGAAAGCGGCUGGUGGUUUGUAAGCACAGCAGAGGAGCAGGGCUGGGUCCCAGCAACAUACUUGGACUCUCAGAAUGGAACCAGAGACGAUUUGGAUCUGGGCACUUCCAGGACUGGAGAAGUUACUAAAAGACGCAAGGCCCAUCUGAAGAGGCUGGACCGCCGCUGGACCCUCGGUGGUAUGGUUAACCGCCAGCAGAGCAGAGAGGAGAAAUAUGUGGCGGUACAGCCGUACACCAGUCAAGGAAAAGAUGAGGUGAGCUUUGAGAAAGGGGCCACCGUGGAGGUCAUUCAGAAGAACCUGGAGGGCUGGUGGUACAUCAGAUAUUUAGGUAAAGAGGGCUGGGCCCCGGCCUCUUACUUGAAGAAAAUUAAAGAGGACUUCUCGCCUCGGAAGAAGACCCUGACAGGCCCCGUGGAGAUUAUCGGCAACAUCAUGGAGAUCAGUAACCUGCUGCAAAAGAAGUCGGUCAGUGAGAAGGACAUCCAGACGGAUGGAGAGUGCAGCACCACGCCAGAGCGACACAUCUCCAAGAGUGAGAUCAGCCUGCCCAUGCCCUACAAUUCAGAAAUCAACGCCGAGACGGGCAGGAGGUUGAGCGCAGGCCGCGACACCAACAGUCCAUGUCUUGGAAUAGCUGCGAGUGCUGCACUAAAUGAAAAUAAAGGGAGAGGCGACCCAGGGUCCCCAGCUGUUGCAAGAGUGGCACCGCACAGAGUGGAAAUUGGCUUUGAUGCUAUAGGCUCUCCAAAUCUGAGACAUAAACCACCCCCAAGAAGAGAAACUAACUUGGGUUUCCAGUUACCCAAGCCACCAGAGCCCCCUGCUGUGGAAGCAGAGUAUUACACUAUUGCAGAUUUCCAGUCCUCAAUCUCCGAUGGCAUCAGUUUCCGUGGAGGACAAAAGGCUGAUGUAAUCGAGAAGAACCCUGGAGGCUGGUGGUAUGUACAGAUUGGAGAGAUGGAAGGCUGGGCCCCUUGCUCAUACAUCGACAAGCGCAAGAAGCCCAACCUCAGCCGUCGGACCAGCACCUUGACCCGUCCCAAAGUCCCACCACCAGCUCCACCUGUCAAAAAACAAGACUCAGAGGAAGCUCCCCCUCCUGCAAACACAGCGUCCAAAGCCACAGAGCCCCCUAGCAGGCCUGUGUUUGAGGAACCUGAAUAUGAUGUCCCUGCAAUCGGAUGUGAAGGUGAGUCUGACACAGAUUCUGUGAAGGAUGAGCGUUCUCUGGAGGCAAAGAGGAGCAGCGUGGUCAGUGACAAGUAUCGCAGCUCCCCUCCUUCCAGCAAAGCCUCCCCACCUGUCUGCAAGGCGUCCCCCGUGUUUACUCAUCGAAGAGCAUCAGUGAGAUCUGUAGAGGAUGUCGGUAAAGAGGAGUGCAUCUAUGAGAACGAUGGCUUCCGGCCAAGCGGUGGCACUGAAGGAACCUUAGCUAAAGGUUCCAGUGAGCCCAGCUCACCAAGGAGCUACCAUUCCUCCACAGUUCCACGGAAACCUUCCGGAUCUUCACCUUUAGCUGGCAGACCAAUGAAAACCAUGACACCAGACAUGAAUCGCAGAAGCCAGACCUUGGGCAGACACAUAGAUAUCAGCCUCAGGUCCCAAGACAUCAGCCCCCACUCCUCAUCAGAUGAAUUAAGCAGAGGCCCCAAGAAGGGCUCUACCUUCAACCGCGACGUGGAGCAGAGGAUAGGCCAGAGCCCCUCCACCAGACCCAAGCCCUCUGUACGACCUAAACCCCUCCUUACAAAAUCAGAGCCCCAGAGCCCUGAGAGGAUGGACAUCAGCUCUCUGCGGCGCCAGCUGAGGCCUACAAGUCAGUUUCGACACAGCCUCAAACCUUCACGUGGGGACGACUCUGAGACAGCCUCGGUUAACUCUUCAGAGGACUCGAUGUGUUCGCGCAGUACCUCAGAUCUUUCUUCUGUUUACUCCAAGGGGAGCCAUGGUGACUCAGAUGUUGAAGGCCCCACUCUCUACCGCUCCUUGGAUGCCUAUAAGAAAGUCCAGGACUCAGAGGUCAGCUUCCCAGCUGGGAUAGAGGUCGAGGUUCUGGAAAAGCAGGAGAGCGGUUGGUGGUACAUCCGUUGGGGUUCCGAGGAGGGCUGGGCCCCUUCUUACUACUUGGAACCUGUCCGAAAAGUAGGUAAUGCUGGUGCGUUAGAAACUGAUGGACACGGCAGUGGAAGGAGUAAGUCCAACAGCCUGGAGAAAAACGAGCAGCAUGUCUUGGCCCUUAAUAACAUCAAUAUUCAGGGUCUGCCCCAGCAGCAUCAAGGCAUGAGGAGGAACACUCCACCGAUUCCUUCCAAGCCUCCUGGUGGCUUCUCAAAACCGUCUGGGAUGGUUAAUGGAGGUGUACGAAUGAGAAAUGGAGUCCGCCAGGUGGCUGUGAGGCCUCAGUCUGUAUUUGUGACCACAACACAGCCAGCUAAGGACACACACUACAUGACAGGGUCUUUAAGGAGAAAUGACUCCCUUGGCAGAAGUGAUCACUAUGGCUCUGGUUCCGCCACUCUCGGCGUCCGCCGAAACGCCUCCUUCAGCACCGUGAGGCCACAUGUAGUUGUUGAAAGUAACACACGGCCUACCGAGCGCUCCAGCCUGGGGAACGCAUUCAGCACAAGCAAUGUCCAAGAUGCCCUUAGCAGAGUUAACCAACGUAAUGGCAUCCCUGUCUCCACUGUCCGGCCCAAGCCCAUAGAGAAGAACCAGCUGAUCCACAAUAACCUUGGCAGGGAUGUGUAUGUGUCCAUUGCUGAUUAUCGUGGCGAUGAGGAGACCAUGGGUUUCACUGAGGGCACCUGUCUGGAGGUGUUGGAGAGAAACCCCAAUGGAUGGUGGUACUGCCAGGUGCAGGACAGCCUGGUUCCCCGCAAAGGUUGGGUUCCCUCCAACUACCUAGAGCGAAAAAAAUAAAAACCAACCCAACAUCCUUCUGCUACCCUUCACCCCACCUCCCUUUUUGAUGUCUCUAAAGAUCUGGGUGGCAUCACUCCUAAAGAAUGUUACCCACAAUCUCCCGUAAGCAAUAUGUCCUUGAAAAUGUACAUUUGGGAAAGACUGUGUGUGAAGAAAGACGUUUUAAUCUGACAAGAAAAGACACUUUUAGUGCUGGUUUACUAAAAUAUACAACAUACAAAAAAAAAAAAAAAAAAAAAAAAGAGUGUAAGAUUUUAAAUAUUUUGCCUGGGAACGACCGAAACAGAAACGUGGAAUUGGUCACCUGUGACAGAGCAAAUCUAAGGAGGAGGACAGUGUCUUUUAGAUAUAGAAUGGAAUGGUAUGUGUGGGAGCAAUAGCCUCUUAAAGAGGUUUAUAUCAUGGUAUAGAGAAGCUGAGCAGGGUAAUGGUGAUGCUCAUUCCUGCCUAUCACUGACUAUGAUGGCCGAUAAGUGCCUUUUGUAUUUGACCACCUGAAUGGAGGUCCUCAAUAGUGGAUGGCAAAACAUUAAAUCAACCAAACCUUUUAAGAGUGCCAUAGUCCUAUGAACACCACCAAGAGUAUGUCCAUAGCCAGUUACAAGCGCCACUAUUGAGUGCGAACAAAGUGCAAAAUUUGGAUCUGAAGUGCUGUAAUUGGUCCACUGCACAGAGUUAAUGAGAGAAAAACUGAUUAAAGGGACUCAAGUCACCAGAGGUUUUAUUAACUUUAAGCCACAAAUCAUCAAACAAAGUCAAUAUUUAAAUCUUGCUACUUUUGUUUAGUUUAGUUGUUCAUGUUACAGUGUCUUGUGUUAGUGCGAGUCUUCCUUAGAGAAUUAUUUCUGCUUUCUUGUGACAUCUAUUCCACCAACAGCCGAGAAUUGGAAAAGUUACAGCUCCUUCCUGCAGUGAAUUUGGCAAAUAAAUAAAUAAAAUAUAGCAGGCACUCCAAUUAAAUAAAGUAGCACAGUUUUUAUCCCACAAAAAUAUGGUAAUGUUCAAGUCUUUAUUCCCAGAUGUGAUAAUUUGGGAUUGCAAAUGUAUUUAAAGAAAAGAAAAGAGAGAAAAAAAAAACCUGUGAAACUUGAAAAGGUUCGAUAUUUUAGUUUCUUCGAAAAUCAACAAAACCACCUCAUGUCUGUGAAGGUCAUAUCCUCAGAAGAUGAAAAUAUUUAGUUUACAAAAAUUCAGGUUUACCAUGUUUUUUUUUAAACUCCUGGAACAAUUGAUUUUGUACAUAUUUUGUUUUGUAUGAAUAUAAUAAAACUGCCAUUGCAGCGAUAUAUUGAAUAAAAUACUGGAAAUGUGGUGAAAUAAUUGAAUCCCAGGGAUAUAUUUGCUUAGCAUUUUGCCCAAAAUGUGAUCAAACCAAAGAGAAAUAUCAUUUUUAUUGGCUGUUCAUUUUGUUAUUUUACUAUUUAUUAAUGGUAUAGAUAAUGUACAAUGUAUUCACCAAAAUGCCUGAAACAAGGUUUUCGAACUGAAAGUGAAACUCCUAUCAGUACCUGGAAGCACUUGAUACGUGUUCUCAAAAUAAUAGGUCCCUUGAGACAACAUUUAAAUAAGUAAAUUAUAAUCUUAGAUAUUGCUGUGCAGUAUUGGUCUUGUCAUUAAAUAGAAAACAACAAAGUUUAUUAUUGUGUUUUAUAGUUUAGAUUUUUUUUUUACACAUCUUCUAAAUUGUACUUUUUUAUAAUUUAUAAAGUCAUACAAAACAGUAGAAAAUAGAAAUUAGAGAAACUGUUGAAAAUUCUGAGCUAAAACUUUCAAAACUCAAAUGGCUGAUGUUCAAGACUGCUGAAAUAUAUUUUCUAACGAACGGCGUGAGCUCUCUGUUCAAGGCCCAACAUUAACUCUUCAUUAUGUUUCUGCUGGACAGUAUCAUAGUAUUAAAGUACCGUACCUGCUAGAGCGCAGUUAUCUAUUUGAACAAAACCAUGUUUGUUUUAUGUUUUGUUGUUUUUGGUUUGUUAAUUUGUGAUCACACCGUGGCAAUAAUGACGAAUGAAGUGGUUCUGUUUUGUGAAUUAAUGCACUUUAAACUGAUUUAUGGUGCAUUAAUGUAAAGAUGCAGUCAAUACUCAGCAUGCUAUUUAUUGAAUAUGUUUUUUUGAUUAAAUAUUUCCUAAACUCAAAGGAGAGGUUUAAGUCUUUAACAAGACUUUCUCUCUCUUUGGGGUAGAAUUGGAGAAACAGAGACCUCUUGUGGAGGAUAGUCGGUACUACAAUAGGGGUUUUUUAACCCCGUCCACAAGGUUUAUCACCAGCCACCUACCUCAGUGCAACAAGAAAUGCACUGCUGGUCAGUGAGUCUCCCCAAAAAUUGUACAGAAAUAAAAUAAAAACAUAAAAAUAAAAAUCUUAGUGCAGCUAAAAUUGUUUUUCUUUCACAUUUUGUUUUGUAUUGGGCAAUAAUUUAUUUUUUUGAAAAUUCUAAUUUUUCUCGAUGCUGUGUGCUGCAGCUUUAGCAAAUCACGGGCACUUCCUUCAUCUUUAUUGAGUUUUACAUAAUGCCUGAUUGAAGCAUAUUUAUUACAAAUAGAUCUAUUAUCUUUUCAUGGUUUUGACAAUCACUGUUGUCCCCAUUCUAAUACCCCCCUCUCAUCGUACAGUCUCACUUUUACACGAUCUGGCCUGAAUGCCAAACAGAGCAGUCAACGACAGAAAUCAUCACUUAUUUAACUAAUGUGUUUCAUAACGGAUGAUAAAACGAUGCAUAUUAUAUGGGGCUAUAAACAAAAACAACGUUGUCAAACCCCAGUUCUCCCCCUGUCCCGCCGACCCCGUUCCUUCCAGACAAAGGCAUUAUGUAAAUGUGUUGAAUCACUCUUAACAUUUCACUCUGUAUUAUUAUUGCGUAUCGCUUUGUUUGAUCAAGCUGAACUUACUAGCAAGGGAAUCUUUCUGCCAUUCAUACAUUUAACUGUGUAUCUCUGUUUAUGCUUUUAUUUUAUUUUAUUUCCUCGUUUUUCUCUUUGCUGACAAAUUCUGAAACGAACCCAAGAGGAAAUGUGCAAUAGGAAAAAAAAAAUGUUAUCACACUUUGACAAGAGAGGAAAAUAUCACAGGUUUAAAGAGAUAGAGUGGGGGGGGGGAAGAUGCCAUUACAUGAGCUGGGAGCAGAUAUUCCUGGUCAAACUGCCAGUCACGAGCUUUCACCAUGUGUCAUAUUCCAGUGUGUCAAAAGAACGGACGGACGCGUGAGGCCCUUGAACGCAUCAGAAAACCACUGGACCAAAAGCAGCCGUGUGUGACACCUCAUUAUGUGCUGACGUGGUGAACUUGUGCUCCUCCGGCCCUCUGCAGAAGAGGUGCGGCAGAAACCCGCUGACCCUCUCCGUUGUGACAUUACAGCCGUGCGGGGUCUCCCCAUCACCGGGGGGCCCCCAGCGGCCCCACCCUGAGCUGUCACGUUCGUGCCUGAUAGUUCUUGUGUUGUUUUCUUCUUCUCGUUUGCUUGUUUUCUUUAGUUUUUUUAUUUUAUUUUGUUGUUUUUUUUUCCUCUGGAGUAUCACCGCCCCUCUUGACAUUUAUCCCACCGCUGUCAAACCAAGUCAGACUGUUUUUCUCACCAAUCACCAUGGCGACGGAGGGCAGGGCAGAGUGACAUGUAUGGGAAGAGCCUCCACGGUAAACAAACAGGCUCCUCCGGGGCCAUUUCGGUUCAAUCCAUCAACUUCCAGGAUGAGCACCAAAAACAGGAAAGCCUCUAUUAUUAUUAUUAUUAUUAUUAUUAUUAUUUUUGAUAUAUAACAGGCGAAGACGUCAUUGUGCUAAAGGCUUGUCCACAGACCAGAGUUCCUUGCCUUGUUAGGAGCAUGAAACCUUUUUCUGAAUGGUUUGUGGUUAAACUCCACCUUGAACAAAUCUUUUCUUUGUUGCUGGGAAUUUGAUGAAAAGACGGGUGUAGAGUUUGAUAAAAUUAGGCUGGUUCCACAUGUGCCCAGUGAAAGUGGAAGGCCUCUCUCUGGUAAAUCUGGAUUACAAUAUUAUUUUUUGGCAUCACCACUAGAAUCCAGCUGUGGCUGUGGUUGGUUAGGAAACUGGAAACCUUCAGUACACCAUCCUAAAGUUAAGAUGUCUUUUAAUUCAUUCAUUCAUUGUGUUUCAGUGGAGGGUUGGAUUAGACAAAUGAUGCCAUCAGAAGGCUGUUAGCAUAGCUUAGCAUAAAAAAAAAUCUCAAAAAUGUCACGAAAGUUUUUAAUGUUCUCGUCCAACUCUCAGCAACAAAGUGAAUGUGCUAAUUUUUCCACACUGCAGACCAUUUUAUUUUCUCUCCUGGCAGAGUGGGAAUAGAAUCGGAGGGAGCCAUACGUUCUGGCUUCCACCUGCACAAAUGAGCGAGCGUGUCCACAUUCUGACACACUUUCAGUGAUGAUCAGGAGCCGUUGAAGCCGGGAGGGGGGGGAUAUAUGAGUUUUCCGACCCCUUUUCUGAGGUCAGCCGUGUGAGACGACUCCACUUCGCACCCCCGUCCCUCCGUCAUUCCUCUCCCAUUUCUUUUUUUUUUUUUUUUAUUAACGAAUGCACGGUUCCUCUCAGCCGUGAAGCAACUUCAGCCGUGGCCGCACGUCCUUUCUGCUCCACAGUCACAUAUUUUCCGCCUCCCUGUCCUUCCUCGACACAGCCGCUCUCGUCUAUGAACCGAUUGGGACGUCUAGGAGGAGGAGGAGGAGUAGGAGGAGGGUUUGCGUGGGGUGGUAGUGUUUUAGAGAGUGUGUGUACUAGCACGGUGAGAUGGAUUGUUUGCAGGUGCGCUCAAGGAAAGAGUAGCUGGAGGUCACGGAGGAGACGUGCGAGAACAGGAUGCGGGGAGACAGGAGAUGGAUCAGACAGUAGAUUGUAGAGGACGAGGUGACAGCGAGGUGAAGGGAGCUGUGCUUCUGUGGGAGGGAGACGGAGGCCUGGCAAGCCCGAAACCUCUGGAGGCUCAUUUUACCCAACCCCUCAAAGCCAACGGGCUUUAUGCCUCCAAGCCUCAUUCCAACAGACCACGUUUUAAUUGUCGCACUUGCCGCCUCGCGAGAAACGAGCACACGGUGAAGCAGCUCCCCUCAGCCUCCCUCCCCGUCCAUUUCCACGUCAGAACUGAUCCCGCUUCUGUCUCUCGGCUUCUUUUUACUCCCCUCAGAUCGCCACGUGGGCGUGAGAGUUGAGCUGGGAAAAAAAGGCUUUUUUCAGCCUUUAUGAUAAUGUUGUGGACGUAAGCGAAUGUUUGUAGAAGUGUGUGACGGGUUCAGUCAUGUGUAAAGUCAGCAGUCGUCGUUGAGAAAUCAAAAGCACCCACCUCUGGAAAGGAUUGAUUGCAGAGUUAAUGGAGGCAGCUGUUGGUUAUUAGAAGGAGGGCCAGGUUUUUGGGGGGGAGAGUUUCAGUAAGUGAGUGGGAGCAGGCGGGAUGUAUUCAGCGGGAUGAUUUUGUACGUUUUUUUUAUUUUUUUUAAUUGAUGUCUAGUUUUAGUUUGAGUUAACGAACAAAGAGGAGAGCGAGGGAAGCUGCAAGGGCCUUGUCUCAAGGAGUUGGGGUGGGAAGAAAAAAAAGGUUGCGUGAAUGUGGGAACGCAGAUUAUUUAUGUCAUCCUGAAAACUUCCUCGCACUUGUUUGAGGCGCCGGCGGGCAUCAGCGGGAGCCGUCUCCGAGCUCCAGAGGAGGAGGCUGUGUCGAGGAACGAGGCGCGCCGCUGUGUCUCUGUGGCGCUUUCCCUUGUCUCCGUUUGAAUCCCCGUUUCUAAUUAGCACAAACAGUGUGUCUUAAUUAACCUCAGCCAGUCACACGCUAUUCCAGCGCUGAAGCUGCUUCCUAAUCAAGAGCGCUGCUGCCUUCCUGCGCGGGAGCAGGGGCCCGCUGCCGGUCGGGGCUCUGCCGCAUUUCUGCGGCGGAUGAGAGCCGUCAUAAGUGAUGGAUGCUGAGUGACAGCCGAGGUGCAUUCGUGGGAAAGGUGGAGCCUGUUUUAGCCUCGGUGUAGCAUUUAUAGAAUGGAGUUUGUCACCGCCCCGCUGUGGAGAAGCAGCGUGCCAAAAGAAAAAAAAAAAAUCUCGACACCACUGAGCUCUUGAUCUGCAAAUUCUUUCACAAAUCAAACAAUGUUACCAGCAAGCCAGCCACAAACACAACAACAACAACUGCAGGCCCUGAGUUGGACCAAAGGAGGUGCUACUCUUUCAUUUUCUCUUUUGAUUUAUUCUUCUUUCUUUGUUUUUGUUUUUUUUUUCUUAUUACCAUGGUUGUUAUGCAAAUUGUGUUUAACCCUUGCUAACUGCUUGUUUUCAAAAUGUAUGCCACGGGAUGCACAGGAGGUUUGAAUCCACUGCUCCGGUGAUGAAUUGCAUCCGGUGUCAAGGUCACACACCCAUAAAAAUGAAAAAGCAAACCUUCCUCAUUGGAGACAUCCCGUGCAUUCCUCUUGAAAACGGGGCGUUUUCUUAUCUACCGUUUCUUUUUUCGACGAGCUCCUCUUUUUGUAUCUUGUACAUGUUUACAUUGUAUGUCGCAUUGCCCAAACGAGAAACAAUAUUAAAUGUGUUAUCUCUGUUGUUUUA